GCCGCGCAUCAUCCGAGGCGCCCGCCGAACCGCCCGCUCCGUGACCUUUGCCCCCGUCCCCCGCCGCGGUCGGCGCGGCUAGUCAUGGCGGCCCUCAGCAAGUCCAUCCCGCACAACUGCUACGAGGUGGGCCACACCUGGCACCCGUCCUGCGGGGUGUCCUUCUUGCAGAUCACCGCGGGCGCCCUGGAGGAGUCGCUGAAGAUCUACGCCCCCCUGUACCUGAUUGCAGCAAUUCUUCGGAAACGAAAAUUAGACUAUUAUUUACACAAACUAGUACCUGAGAUCCUGCAAUCUGCUUCAUUUCUGACUGCAAAUGGGGCCUUGUAUAUGGCUUUCUUUUGCAUUUUAAGGAAGAUACUUGGAAAAUUCUAUUCAUGGAGUCCUGGCUUCGGUGCUGCUUUGCCUGCAUCUUACGUGGCAAUUCUAAUUGAGAGAAAAAGCAGGAGAGGACUGCUCACAAUUUAUAUGGCCAAUUUGGCCACAGAAACUUUAUUUAGAAUGGGUGUUGCCAGAGGAACCAUCACGACAUUAAGAAACGGAGAAGUCCUUUUGUUCAGCAUCACAGCUGCCAUGUACAUGUUCUUUUUCAGGUGCAAAGAUGGUUUGAAAGGAUUUACAUUUUCUGCACUUAGGUUCAUUGUUGGGAAGGAAGAAAUUCCUACACAUUCUUCUUCCCCAGAAACAGCAUACACAAGAAUAGAACCAAAGGCUGAGAAGCAGGGAGAAAGAGCAAGAAGAAUGAAUAUAAUUGCACUGGUCAGGAAACUUGUGGACUCAGUAUGUAAACAUGGACCGAGGCAUAGGUGUUGCAAACAUUAUGAAGAUAACUGUAUCUCUUAUUGUAUUAAAGGUUUCAUCAGGAUGUUUAGUGUGGGCUAUUUGAUCCAGUGCUGCCUCCGGAUCCCCUCUGCAUUUAGACAUCUAUUUACAAAGCCAUCGCGACUCUUCUCUCUCUUCUACAAUAAAGAAAACUUCCAGCUUGGAGCUUUCCUUGGUUCCUUUGUUAGUAUAUACAAGGGUACCAGCUGUUUCCUGCGCUGGGUCAGAAACUUGGACGAUGAGCUACAUGCUAUUAUAGCUGGAUUUCUGGCAGGUGUAUCAAUGAUGUUUUAUAAAAGCACAACAAUUUCUAUGUAUUUAGCUUCCAAAUUGGUGGAGACACUGUAUUUCAAAGGUAUUGAAACAGGGAGGGUUCCUUACUUUCCUCAUGCAGAUACUAUCAUCUAUUCCAUCUCUACAGCGAUUUGCUUCCAGGCAGCUGUCAUGGAAGUUCAGACCUUAAGGCCCUCUUACUGGAAGUUUCUGUUACGGCUCACCAAGGGAAAAUUUGCUGUUAUGAACCGAAAAGUCCUUGAUGUUUUUGGUACUAGUGCAUCUAAACAUUUUCCGGAUUUCAUCCCCAGAUUGGAUCCAAGAUACACAACUGUAACACCAGAAUUACCCAUAGAGCUUUCUUGAAGAUAACUGUAGUUUAUUAGUGUGUCUUAAUGUUUCAUUACUUUAUUCUGAAGAGUUAAUUAUGUUCAACACAAAGAAGGGGGCCUGAGCUUGAACUUCAGUGUUAAUUUCAGUGAGCAAUGCAUUAUUUUUUGUUUUCUUACCAAUCAGAAAUACAGAAGCUUUAUAGGAAAGUGUUGCUUAAUAAUUAAGCUCCCUCUGCAGCCAGAAUCUGAUUCUGGAUCAUCGUAGUGAUUGAUAUGAUAUAUUAUUGAUUAAAUUAUGUCCACAGACAAUAUUAAAUAAUCUAUAUAGGAUUGUAGCAACAAAUAAGAAUAUACUUUAAAUUACUUUAAAAGAUGUGUUUAGUUCAUUCCAAUGUAAUUCUCGUUUAAAAUUAAGAAUAUUUCUACAUUCUAGGAUACAAAGGAUCACGGGUACAUGUAUUUGGUCUGUAUUUUUUUUAACCUUUGAAUUGAUAACUAGAGUAGAGAAACGUUCUGAAUAUAUGGAUAAGAAGUGACUUCAUGGACACUGCUGCUUUGGUGUAGAGCAAUCUAACUGGGGGAAGUGCCCAUUCUGACUUCAGGGAUGCAGAAACGGGUCUCAUACUCUUUGAAUCAGUGCCAGGUAUCUAUGCCCUUCUUCCAUUGGUAAAUUCAUUUUUUCUCCAUGAUCAGUUGAGCUUUUUGGCAGCCCAGUUGACUAAAGGAGGAUUAGGAACAAGUGUCACUUAACUACAUUAGAAUUGAUAAAGUUGAAAUAUAUGUUUUAGUCCUUCAUAGUAGCAUUACAGUUGAAUGUUUAAAGCAACUGAAGUUACCUUUAAGCCUCCCUUAGGUUUAUCAUGUUUAUCUUCAUUUAUAAGGACUGAAGAUUAAAUAGCUAAGAGUUUAUACCAUUGCUGAUGUUGAGAAGAGAGCAAAAUCCUAUGGAAAAAAGUGAUUUUGAUAAGUUUGAUAGUUGAUUCCCUCUCAGCUGUUAAACAGUGACUGUUUUAAAACUAUAAACAGUGUAAACAUCCAGUGUUGUUAGAAGUUCAUUUCAUCACUAAUUGGAUUCAGAUCCCCCAGCCUCUUACUUAAAAAUCAACACCUUUCUUACUUCUGUUAAAAUUAAGAAGUGAAAAAGUGCAGUCACUGCCUAUUAUGAAGGUUAGUAGUUCAGGACACUCAUGAUUAAAAUAUGAUCACUGUAGAGUUUUUCAGGGAAAAGUUAUACUUUUCUAAGUUAAUAAAAGGCUUGACUAUGAUGUCAAUAGUUAAUAUAACAUAUAGAAUGGAUGGUAUAUUUUUUUAAUAAUUUUCUUGUUGAAAAAUUUCAGGCCAUUUUAAAAUUAAUUAUGCACUAGAAUAUGUGUUGGAACAAGAAUUAUAACCCAGACUUUAAAAAGUGUUUAAUCAUUCGUAUUCAGUUUCAAGCCUUAUGUAUUUCUGUUUAUAUGUAAUCCUAUCCUCGGUUCUUCUGACAAAUUGAAACCAAUGAAAGGAUAGACUCUGGCACCAUGAUAACACAGAAGGCCACUUCACUUGGUCACAUUGUUGUGUUGUGAUUAACUUUUAAAUUUGACUGUCUAUUAGGCAGUACUGUCAAAGCAUCAUUUUGGUUUCAGUCUUCAAAUUAAAUGAUUAAUAAAUUUUUAAGUUUUUAUUCACUGGCAUCAGCAUGAUGAUUAGUUCUGUUUGCUUUGAAAAUAAAAUAUUAUGGCAGUGAAGAAA